AAGUUUUUGGUACUUUUAUAAAGUUACGCGCACAAUCGUGAAUCGUGAUUAUAUCAUGAUCAUCGCAUAUAUGCAUCAGCUGAUAUGCGGUGAUUGUGCAGUAGUAUUUUGGCAGUCUUACGACAAGUUGUGAUUGAUAAAAUUAUAAAAGGCCCAGACAAAUAACGGACUUUCAUUCAUUCUUCUCGUCUUAUAAAACUCAACUUCCACCAUGUCUUUCACAGACAAAGACGGCGAGAGAGCACCUCUCCUUGGGGGAGAACAUCACAAUAUCAUGGGUAAAAAAGGUGGAGCUACGGAAGGUGACAAAAAUGGGGGUUACGGCGGCGUGGAAGUCGCUGGAGUAGCUAAAGAGCUUGACAGUGACAGUGGCAGUGGCACGAGUGUCGAAAUCAAGGAUGGUGAAGAUAAACAGAAGGUUCCACUAAGUAAACUGUUCAGGUACGCCACUGCUUUUGAUUAUUUCAUCAUGGUCAUUGGGGGUCUAGCUGCCUUAGUCCAUGGGGCCGGGUGGCCGGCACUCAACCUCUUCUUUGGUGACCUGAUAGACGAAUUCAUUGACUUUGAUACCAAUACCACGCUACCCACCCUUCCACCCGGUGUCACAUACCCACCGAUUGAUCCGAUGGAGGAGUUUGACAAGCAGAUGCGCAAAUAUGCCCUGAUCUUCACGUAUGUCGGGAUAGCGGUAGUGUUUGCGUCUUAUAUCCAGGUAUCUUGUUGGAGUCUGUCGUGUGAGAGGCAGAGCCAUAAGCUACGGAAGGAGUUCUUCAAAGCUAUUCUUCAUCAAGAGAUUGCUUGGUUUGAUCAACACCAAAGUGGAGAACUCACUUCUAGAUUGGCCGAUGACAUGGAGAGAGUUCGAGAGGGUCUCGGUGAUAAGAUCGGUGUCUGCCUUCAAUUUUUAUCACAGUUUGCAACAGGUUUUGCCAUUGGUUUCUGGAAGAGUUGGGAGCUAACCCUGGUCAUCAUGUCCCUGACUCCUCUCCUAGCAAUAGCUGGUGGCUUCAUGGCUUACCUGAUAACAUCAUUCUCUAAAGCUGAGCAGGAGGCGUAUGCUAAGGCUGGCAGUGUAUCAGAAGAGGUUCUGGCUUGCAUUAGGACCGUCAUUGCAUUCGGUGGAGAGCACAAAGAAAUAAAGAGGUAUGAGAAGGAGCUGGAGGGUGCAAAGAAGAUUGGAAUCAAGAAAGGUGUCAUCACUGCCUUCGGUCUUGGUCUAACAUUCUUCAUCAUGUUCUCAGCUUAUGCACUGGCUUUCUGGUAUGGCCCGAGGAUGGUGAGCGAAGGUCGUCUGACCGGGGGAGAGGUCAUGACAGUGUUCUUCUGCAUCAUGAUUGGUUCGUUCUCCAUCGGGAACAUGAUCCCGCCUCUUAGCACCGUGGCAACGGCUAGAGGAGCGGCUGCCAUCCUCUUUGAAGUCAUUGAUGAGGAGCCCAUCAUCGAUAUGCGCUCUACAGAGGGUCUGAAACCCGACACCAUAACGGGGAACAUCGACUUUGAGAAGGUCCACUUCACGUACCCCUCUCGACCCGAUGUACCAGUCCUGAAGGGUAUCAGUCUGAGCGUGAAGACCGGGCAGACCGUCGCCCUCGUGGGUUCCAGCGGAUGCGGGAAGUCGACCACCGUCAACCUGCUGCUGAGGUUCUAUGAUGUUCUAGAUGGAAGGAUCUUCAUCGAUGGCAACGAGAUUCGUGACCUCAAUCUUCGCUGGCUUCGUCAGCACAUCGGUGUGGUGAGCCAGGAACCGGUCCUCUUCAACUGCUCCAUAGAGACCAACAUCUCUUACGGACGAGACGGUGUUACCAAGGAGGAGAUGGUGAAUGCUGCAAAGAUGGCCAACGCCCAUGACUUCAUCAUGAAAUUACCCAAGGGUUAUGAUACCAUUGUCGGAGAGCGGGGUGCCCAGCUGUCCGGUGGUCAGAAACAGAGAGUAGCCAUCGCCAGAGCUCUGGUCAGUAACCCUAGGAUACUGCUACUGGACGAAGCUACGUCUGCUCUGGACAGCGAGAGUGAGAAGUUGGUCCAGCAGGCCUUAGACAGGGCCUCGGAAGGACGUACCACCAUCGUGAUCGCCCAUCGCCUCUCGACCAUCCAGAAUGCUGACAUCAUCUAUGCCCUGAACGACGGGAAGGUGGUGGAGUUUGGGAACCACGCCGAGCUGAUGAAGGCUAAUGGAACCUACAAACAGCUGGUCACUCUGCAGAUCAUUGCCAAGGAGGAAGGAGAAGAGGAUAAUGCGGAAGAGGUGGGAGAGCUGAUGAAGCGUCAACCCAGUCAUCACAAGAUCUCAAGGCAGCUCUCGCAUCAGAAGUCACGCCAUCUCUCGUCAAGCAGUCUUGACGAUGGAAAGAAAGAUACAACUGAUGAGGAGGAGGAGGAAGAAGAGAUUCCUAAGGCUAGCUACUGGGAGGUGCUGAAGCUCAACGCCCCUGAGUGGUAUCUCAUCGUCAUCGGAUGCUUCUUCUCAGCCAUUCUAGGAGUCACUAUGCCCGUCUUUGCCAUCCUCUUCAGUGAAAUUAUCAAGCUCUUUAGUUUACCUAAUGAUGAAAUAGAAGAGGCAGCUGUGUUCUGGUCCUGUAUGUUUGUAGCUCUUGGAGGAACCAUGUUUGUUGGUUACGCCGUCAGCAUCAGCUGUCUUGCGAUAUCUGGAGAAGAACUGACUCUGAGGCUCAGAAGUAAAGCAUUCUCCACCAUUCUACGACAGGACGUUGCAUUCUUUGACCAACCAACUCAUAGCACAGGUGCCUUGGCUACUCGUCUUUCUGCUGAUGCGUCAAAUGUGAAAGGGGCGACAGGGGUGCGCCUCAGCACCCUCUUCCAGACGGCGGUCACAUUGGCGGCAGCACUCGUGAUCGGGUUCGUCUUCGGUUGGAAGCUAGCCCUGGUGGUCCUGGCCUGCGUACCCCUGCUCGUUGUGGCCGGUGGCUUGCAGCUCAAGCUCAUGCAAGGCACACAGAAGAGAGACUCCGAACUCCUAGAAGAAGCUGGAAAAAUUGCUGCUGAAGCCAUAGAGAAUGUACGGACGGUUGCCUCUCUCACUCUAGAAGAUAAAAUGUACCAGGGAUAUGCCGAUAUGCUGCAGCUGCCUUUUGUUCAGGGCCAGGUGAACACUCAAUACUAUGCUGUAGCCUUUGGCAUCACCCAGGGCAUGGUGUUCUUCUUGUACGCUGCAGCCUUCAGGUUUGGUGGUUACCUUGUAUCUCAGGGAGAGAUGACGACAGAUGAAGUAUUCAAAGUUGUCUUUGGUAUCGCCUUUGCCGGUAUCUCACUUGGUCAAGCAUCAGCUUUCCUGCCAGACUAUGCCAAAGCCAGGCACUCCGCUAAUGUCAUCCUCAAUUUAUUUGCCACAAAACCUCUUAUUGAUAACUAUUCCAAGAGCGGCCUUAAACCUAGUACCUUGAAUGGAGAGAUUUGCUACAACACCAUCGACUUCAAGUAUCCCACGAGACCAGACGUUGAUAUUCUCAAGGGACUCAAUCUAACGAUCAAACCAGGCCAGACUGUAGCCCUGGUAGGGGAGAGUGGGUGCGGUAAAAGUACUCUGGUAUCACUUCUAGAGAGAUUCUAUGAUCCUGAGCAAGGCUCAGUGUCUAUAGACGGGAAGAGCAUCACGGAUCUGAACGUGCAGUGGCUCAGGGCUAACAUAUCAGUCGUCAGUCAAGAGCCUAUUCUCUUUGCAUGCUCCAUCAAGGAAAAUAUUCAGUACAGCGUGGAUGGGGAGAUGGACAUGGCGGACAUUGAAAGGGUUGCCAAGAUGGCCAACAUUCAUGACUUCAUCUCUACUUUACCUACGGGUUAUGACACAUUGGUAGGAGAGAAAGGAGCUCAGCUGUCUGGAGGUCAGAAACAGAGAGUAGCCAUCGCCAGAGCUCUGGCUAGGAAUCCUCGUAUCCUACUCCUGGAUGAAGCUACCUCAGCACUUGAUACAGAGAGCGAAAAGAUUGUACAAGAGGCUUUGGACGCUGCCGUAGAAGGCCGGACAUCCAUCGUCAUUGCCCAUCGUCUCUCCACGAUUCAGAACGCGGACAUCAUCGCAGUUAUCAGAGACGGGGUCGUCGUCGAGAGCGGGAGUCAUCAAGAACUCCUCAAUAAGAAGGGUUAUUAUUAUACCCUAACAGGAGGUCAGAGGUCAUAGGUCAUAGUGAUAAUUCUUGCCUCGAUGAAGUACAAUGUAAAUAACAGAUCUAGUUCAGAGAUACUAUCUGUAUUUCGGCAGAUAAAGGUCAUUUAGAGGGUUCAGUGACACAAAGACGUAAUUCCAUUUUGGCCAUUUUGAGAAAAAGUUGUUCAUGUGUCACGGAGCGCUUGGGCCGGAGUUAAGUCUAUGUUUCACUAGCCAUUAACAUCAAUGGGUUUCCUGGAAAGCCCACAUUUUUCUGAACAUUUUGAUAUCAGAUACUCAUUUUGGCAAAAUCUUGAGUUACGUCUUUCUAUCGCUGAACCCUCGAUUUGUACAACACUGAAACCCAUUCAAGAGGAGUACUGGUUACGUGCUCACAAAAGUGAUGUAAUCACUGUUCAUUUAUGCACAGACAGCACAAUCUGUGAUGCAUAGAUGGGAAGUAUGCUUUUUAAGAGGGCAAACAAAAGGUAUCCAUGAAGCAGCUCCACCACUUUAGGCAGUGAUUAUUCUUAAGUGCACAAAGUGGGAGUUCUCCAUUUUUAAAAGAUCUGUGGAUAUUUAGGGGUAAUUUGUACAUUUGCUCAGUCAGAAGUGUAUUAUGCGGCCAACGCUGUGCUCCAAGUAUGAUAUAAUGAAAUACAAUGUAAUGAUAAUUUUGUUUACCCGGGGAACCCUCAUCAGCAUCUUCCAAAGGGCCCUGCAAUCUGUAUUACCCCUAGCACUUGCCAGGUACCCAUUUACACCUGGAUUGAGAGUGGCAAAUGUGGAUAAAUGUCUCGCCAGAAGACGUUUCAUAGUGCAGGGCUUUGAUUUUAACCCUCACCCCUUGGAUUGAGAAUCAAGUAAAUGAACCACUAAAACCACAACACCUCCACAAUAUCUGGGUGCUAGUAAUAAUAAUUUUAAUAAUAAUACUCAGUUUUUAUAUAACGCUUAUUAGAAUCACUAAGCGCUUCCAAACUUGGAGAUUGUUUCCCCGGCUUUAGCUGUGCUGCCAUAGUAUGAUUAUGUACAACAUAAAUGCAAAGAUUAUAGAUUCUGUAAAUGUAAAAAUUUUAUGUCUAUUAUAUACCUCAAAAUAUAUCUUAAUUUUUUAUAAGUUUGUGCUUGAAAUCAGUGAAGGAUGAACGCUUGACUGGAAAAAAUUGUGUUUUUCCUGAUGGUUAAUAAUUUAUUUGGCCCAAACGCUUGAAACAUAAGCAUUACAUUGGCCAUCCCCCCUUAGCCAAAUAUUGGGGGAAUUUAUCCCCCCCCCCUUUUUCUUUAUACUGUAUAUUUGUGAGCAAAACUAUGCUUAAAGUAUAACGUUUAAAUUGAUAUCCAGCCAGAUCAUGAUGUAGAGCAGAUAUACACAUAUAUAUCCAUGUUUUAGAUUUGUAAUAUCUUUGACAUUAUAUUCAUAUAUGAAAAUAAAUUAUUGUUGCACCAAAAAGUGAAUGCAAUUUCUGUAUUCAUGAAUGAUACACAAAUCUACAUUCUACUUUUGUUAUUGUGUAAUACAGGAAAAGAGAUCUGUAACUUAUUGUUUGAAAAGGUGUCAAACUCAAGAUAACGAUGUAUAUGUUUUUAAAUCAACUGCUAUUCUGUGACAAUGUAUCAAAUAUAUUUCACACUAUGAACUGUGCUUGAACUUUUAUUUACGUGUGUACAUUUGCCUUGUAUAUAAACUCAUGAAAUGAUUGACACAGUGA